AUGGCAUUUGUUAGCGCAUCGAGGGUUACCGAGCAAAUUCUAGUGCCACGAGUAUCAGAUGCACCUGCUAAAUUAAAGAAUUUAGCUCCAAGCAAUCUAGAAACUCCCCUGCAUAUAGAAAUAAAACCUGGACUAGGCACCGUCAUGAAUAGCUGCUCCAAUACAUCCAAAGUAUCAAUAGCUCAACAUCAGUUCUAUCAAUUUCACCAUAUUGUCUCUAUUGCUCUUUCCCUCCUCUCAGCAGUGCCAAUUGCUGUAGCUCUUGCACCAGGUCUCACGCUUGAGUACUCGCUCGAGUUACCUACCCAAGGUAUUUUCAUCUCUGGCGAUGGACGCACGUUUCUCUCACAGCGUUACUCUACUACUCUGCCACCAAUUACUGUAGAGCUUCUUGCCAACAGCACAACUGUCAUGUAUCCCGACGUCUACUGGAACUCUUACAACGCAAGCGACCCAAGACCCGACCCUAGUCUCCAAUUUGUCAGCAUCGAUGGUGUCAGAAUCGGACCCGAUGGUCAUUACUGGUUGGUCGAUGGUGGUUCAAGCGGUGUCAACGGAUCCACCAAGUUGGUUGGAUGCAAUCUUACCACCGAUACCGUAGACAAGAUCUACUACCUCGACAGCAUCAUUGCUUCCAACAGCGGUAUUGAUGAUGUUCGUUUCAGUGCUAGCGGUGAGGUCGCUUAUCUCAGUGACACUGCCGGUGCUCUCGUCGUUUUGAACAUGACCACUGGAGACGGAGUCCGCGUUCUCGUUGACGACCCAUCCGCCGUUGCCUACUUCCCUAUGAUGUACAACCACACCCUUGUUUCAGGUUACGGAGCCGCAGUUUACCUCUACUACCAACAAUGCAACGGAGGACUUUACCGUAUCGAGACCGCCUACGUCGAUGCCGCAUUGAGUAACGCCACUAUGGCUGCCAGUCCUGGUGAUCUCACCGAGCCCUUCGCCUUAACCCCAAGUACUGGUGGAUCUACCAUCGAUGGCGAUGGAAACGUCUAUGUUAGCGAUAACAACUUGCUCGCUAUCUGGAAAGUCACCCCUGAUGGAUACGCAUCCAUUCUUGUUCAAGAUGAUGCUUUGAUCACGACUGAUCUUAUGUGGGUUACUUCUGACAAGAAGUUGUUGCUUCCAGCAUCCCAAAUGAGACCUGGUAGAAACGGAUUGAUGGCUGAGGAACCAAACAACAUCUUCUCCUACCCAAUUGAUGCUAGUCCAUCCCCAAUUGACCACACUUAA